ACGGCGCCAGAAGAGGUGGGCAGCAGACUCUGCGAACUCAAGCCCGUGCACCUCUUCCUGGCCUGCUUCCUCCCGUCCGCAAUGGCCGUCGUCUACCUCAUGCUGCGCCCGCGCGCCGUGUACCUCAAGGACUACGCCGGCUUCCGUACGACGCAUACCUGUCGCAUCCCCUUCGCCAGCUUCCUUGAGCACGCCAAGCAACUGCCGGAUCUCAAUGAGCGUAGCAUCAGGUUCAUGACGCGGUUGCUGGAGCGCUCGGGGCUCGGGGAGGAGACAUGUCUGCCUCCGACACACCACUACAUCGGAACGCACAAAUAUUGCACCAUUGAUGCCGCCCGCGCCGAGUUCGAGCUCGUGACUUUCUCGGCCAUAGACGAUGUGCUCGCCAAGACCGGCGUUGCCCCUGAAGCCAUCGACAUACUAAUCGUCAACUGCAGUUUGUUCUGUCCCUCGCCGUCCUUGGUGGACAUGAUCAUAAACAAGUACAAGUUGCGGAGUGAUAUCCGUAGCAUGCACCUCUCCGGUAUGGGAUGUAGCGCUGGUCUUAUCUCCGUGGGGCUCGCCAGGAACCUCUUGCAGGUCGCUCCCGAGGGGGCACACGCUCUUGUCAUCUCCACAGAGACCAUCACGCCAAACUACUACCUCGGGACAGAGCGCGCAAUGCUCCUGCCCAACUGCCUCUUCCGCGUAGGCGGGGCGGCCGCGCUGUUGUCAACAUCAUCGAAAAAGGCCCGGUUCCGCCUUAAGCAUGUCGUACGUACGCUUACCGGUGCUCAAGAUAGUGCGUACCGGUGCGUAUUUCAGGAGGAGGAUGAAAAAGGCCACCGGGGGAUAAACCUCAGCAUUGACCUGAUGAACAUAGCCGGCGACGCGCUCAAGUCCAACAUCACGGCAAUGGGGCCACUCGUCCUGCCGGUUAAGGAGCAGCUUAUGUUCGCCUUCUCCUUCGUUGCACGGAAGGUGGUCGGCUGGCGAGUAAAGGCAUACAUCCCCAACUUUCGCACGGCGUUUGAGCACUUCUGCAUCCAUGCUGGCGGCCGUGCGGUCAUUGAUCAGCUGCAGAAAAGCUUUGGGCUUUCCGACGAGCAGGUCGAGGCGUCACGGAUGACGCUGCAUCGGUUCGGAAACACGUCGAGUAGCUCCCUGUGGUAUGAACUGGCCUACAUAGAGGCCAAGGGCCGCAUGCGCAAGGGCGACCGUGUGUGGAUGAUUGGGUUCGGAUCUGGAUUCAAGUGCAACGGCGCAGCAUGGGAAUGCAUCAACCCCGCACGCAACGCCGAUGGGCCAUGGGCUACGUCCAUCACCAGAUAUCCGGUGGACAUUCCAUACGUUCUGAAGCAUUAA